GGCCGGUUCAUAUGUUCAAAGGUCCAGUGAUCACCCCACAUUUGACUUAAGCUGCAUUAGCGGACCGGCCCUUUCUGCACUGAGAGGCUAAAAUAUGGCAUCCUCAAGGCUGGGUCUCCGUUUGGCUGUCUGUUUGUUGAACAUUUCUGAAGCUAGGCAGCAAGACAUUGUGGAAAGGAUUGCUAAAGCUGCCCUCUGUAAUAAGGCAGGUCAGAAGCAAACACAAACAUCUGUGCUGAACAUAUUUUCAGAUUAUGACUAUAACAGAUCUGUCUUAACUCUUGCUGCCCCUGUUGAAACAUUAGGUGAUUCUGUUGUGACAGCUUGCACUGAAGCGUAUAAUUUGAUUGAUAUGGAACACCAUGAUGGCAUUCAUCCUUGUCUUGGGAGCGUGGAUCUUGUUCCUAUUUACCCUCUAUCCGAGUCGGUUAGUCUGGAAGAAUGUGGCAAAGUGGCUUGUGACAUUGCAGAGACAUUAUCCCAUGAUGUACCAGGUUGCAGUAUCUUUUAUUUUGGAUAUGCAGAUCAACCUCUCAAACGAAAUCUCGUCCAACGUAGGAAAGAGGUGAACUGGUAUAAGAGGAGUAAUUUGAAUGUGAAUGAAAUAAAGCCAGAUGUUGGAGCGGUGAUUUCUCCUAGAUAUGGUUUGACAGGAAUUGGUGCCAGCCCGUAUGUCAUGAACUGCAACGUGACUAUAGACACGCAGGAUCUGACCAUUGGGCAGCAGAUUGCCAGUGCGAUCCGGGGAGCAAAUGCUGGAGGCCUUUGUGGUGUUCAGGCUAUGGCCUUUCCUCAUGAGGGCACCAUGGAGAUAGCCUGCAAUGUUGAGAGCUUUACAGAUGAACCAUCAUCGUCUCUGACAGCAGAAAGAAAGGAAUAUAUUUCUUAUUUUAUUCAAGGGAAAGAAUACCUAUACUUCUCUCCAAGAUACAUAGAGAGGCAGAUUAAAAAAUUAGCUACCAGCCAUGGAGUUACCACAGUUGGUACAGCACUGGUUGGAUUCACACCUAAACGCUGCAAAAGCUUGGCAGAACAGGCUAUUCAGGAAGGAUGUGGAGAGUUCUGGAAGAAACGUAAGACCAUUACUAUGUAGGAAAGGCAUAGGUAGGAAAGGCAUUUAUGUCAUUAAGGAAUCAUGCUUAAAGUAACAGUGGGCUGGAUUUUAGGCUCCCACCAAACCCUCUACAUGUUUUUGCCAGGGUGGUCAUGUAAAGUCAGGUGACUAGCCCACUGUCUUCCCACCUACCCCUCAUCAAUUUCUGAAAAUAUGGGGACGGAGCUGGUCUGGAAAAGGUGUCUACUCUUAGGCCCAAUGAGUGCCUUCAGUAUCAACUAUUGCUCACCCUAGGCCUUUUUAAUCCACCUCCACUGCCAUAAAGCACCAUAACAUUGCCAGUGGAGGCAGCAGUGAAAAGCCAUUUACAACUUGGUUGGAAAGAAGGGAAGGAAAGGGGUGCAUUAUCUGAGAGGUGCCCUUUUGAGCAUCAGAGGCACAGCCAAGAAAAUGUUACCCUGCUUUGUUCCUUUUGGACCUGGUGUCCAAAAUCCAAUACCCAGGCAGCCCCGCUGUCAGCUCCCAAUCUCUCCCCUCUCUCGCUGGAAAACAUGUAGUUUUUUGCUCAGGAGUUACUUAUAGUCUCAGCAUUGCCCAUUCCUCAAUUCCACUGCCAUUGGUAGUGCAAGAGCUGCCGGACACUCUGAUUGGCUGGAGCUCUUAGAAGUAAGAUCCCCUCUCGCUGAGGCCUUUUGGAGGAUGCUGGAGCCUGUUGUGAUGCAGAAUGGCCUCGUUUAAAGUCAUUUGAUUUGGAACCAUGUUUCAUUCCAGGAUGUGAGCAGUACCUCCCCAGGUCCUAUAAAAUCCAGCCCUAUAUCUGGAUAAGCAGACUAAAUACAGACUAAUAACAGACUAUACACGGUCAUGAAUAUUUUGUAUCUCAUAAUCAUCUUCCAAGAAAAUAAUCUGAUGUCAGUGAAUAGAAAGAAAUUAUUAGGGACAUAUGACAGUAAAUUGGGCACGUCAAAGAAAUUAUUGGAAAAGAAUUAAGUUGGUCUGGAACCAAAGGACAUAAUCUCAGAAUAUGAGAUGACCCAUUUAAGACAAAAAUGAGGAGACAUUUCUUCUCGCUUAAGGUAGUGAAUCUGUGGAGUUCUUUACUGCAGUGGGCUGUAGAGGUGGGAUAUUAAAUAUAUUCAAGGCUGAGAUAGAUAGGUUUUUAAUCAGUAAGGGAAUUGAGAAUUAUGGACACAAACCAAGAAAGUGGUGUUGAGGAUUAUCAAGUCAGCCAUGAUCUCACUAAAUGAUGGGUCGAAUGGCCUAUUCAUACUCCCAUGUUUUACGGUCUUAUAGACAAAAUGCAUGGACAGAUUCUCUAACUAUUUGAGGUUUUACAGCCAAGACCAAUCCCAAGGGUGCUGUUUCCAUCAGGAGAAUAGAGAUGAUGUUAGGAAUGAGAACUGUGUCUGAUAAUUGGCCCUCCUUUUUUUGCAGGAGUCCUAAGGUCAUUUAUAGUUGACACACAGGAUUCAAACCCAGGUUUGUGUGGAUCACUCUGUGGAAGUGCUUCCUUAAUAGGAAAAUUUGUUUUCCACAUUUUCAAGAUAAGCUUAUGUCUGAUGACACAGUAAGAAUUAGGAGCUCUGGAGAUAGACAUACUCUUGUUCCCACUGAGCAUAAACUAGCAUUAUGUUAUUUCUGUAUGUUGAGGUACAGUGGUAACCUAAGAAUUUUCAAGUAGAUAGCCAGGUCCAUUCUAUAAUCCCCCCAUUGUUAAAACUUAAAGCCUUUCUUGAAAAGAGGAGCUGUACUAUUAUUCAUCCAAAUAGUUCAUCUCUGCUAUGGCACAGGAAAAAUGCCAAUUGAAAGAGAGCCACCAAAUGUUACUAUAUUCUGGGGACAAGGAUGUCUGCUCUGUGUUGUUUAGCUGUACUAUGAAGCAGAAAGUGGCUGAGCUGUGAUUUAGGAAGGCCAAUUUAGCAGUUUGUGAAGCUGUGUACUAAUCACAAUCUGGUUUGCUGAGCAGGCUAGCCAGAACUACCCGAGGCAUACUCUUACAGCCUCUCACUUGCUUCUGGGACAAGAAUGGAUAUACAAACAACUUUGAACUGCUAAUCAUGGUUAGUAUUCCCAUCAAUACGUAAGAACCCAUUUGACUUCAUAGGACUAUGGGCUGUUUAAGUAUUGAUAUCUUUAAUUUGUAUCUCAUACGUAUUAUUGCAUGACCUAUUAUGCUUAAUAUCUGGAGGAAGAGAGAUGAAUAAACUUCUCACUAUUUAAGGCAGGGGAAGAGGGACGACACAAAUGAAUUACAGAAUUUGAAGCAAGUGAUGAGAAUGAAACCCAUGUCAUAAAAUUGCAAGGAAAAAGUCAGAACAUUCCUUCCCAUUCCCCAGUGGUUGCACGUGUUUGUUGCAGACAAGAUGAUUUGAUUUUUCAUUUUGUUUCAGCCAUGCAUUAGUUGGAUGAUUAAUUAACCAAUAAAUUCUUAU